AUGGUCGGCUCGAACAUCGACAACAAUCCUCUUGAUCCCAGCAUCUUGCAAAAGCGCAACUCACUCGAUGGAAACAACGACAAGGGAACACAAACUCGCAAGAUGAGCGACUUGGAAAUCAUCAUGGAUCGAAAUGUGGCUCCCGCCCCCGAAGCCAUGUGCGCUGAGCUAGCCCAUGAACAUGCUUUAGAAGACCUCCAGAGCUCUACAGAACACAGUAACGCGCAAAACCCAGUGCGAGGCCCCGUUUACUCAGAGAACUAUCUCGACCAUGCCACCCAGUAUGAGCCCCGCCGACCGGAAGAUUAA